UCCAAUUGUUCAACAAGACUCCACCUUUCACCCCCCACUUCUCAUGUCUUCCUUCUUUGGGUUUGCCGCCGCCCCUGUAGACGUCGAGAUCCGUCUGAAGGGCGAGGAGGAGCGCAAGCAAGUAGAGUUCAAAGGCGAGAAGGAUCGCAGGGAGGUUUGUCCCGUCUUCUACGAUGGGGAGAGCGUCGAUGGUCAAGUUCUCGUUCGCGUGAAAGACGGCAAGAAAUUUCAACAUGACGGCAUCCGCAUAGAGCUUGUGGGCUCGAUCGAGCUCUUUUACGAUCGUGGCAACCAUUACGAGUUUGUGUAUCUUAGUCAAGAGUUAGCUGGGCCUGGGGAGAUGCGCCAGGCUCAGACUUUUGACUUCACCUUCAAGAACGUGGAGAAACAGUAUGAAAGCUACGCCGGUAUAAACGUGAAGCUGCGCUAUUUUAUUCGCGUAACUUUGCUGAGACGUACCGGGGAAAUCAGCAAGGAGCGCGAGUUCUGGGUUCACUCGUAUCGCAUGCCACCCGACAGCAAUACGAGCAUCAAGAUGGAAGUGGGCAUCGCAGAUUGCUUGCACAUCGAGUUCGAGUAUAAAAAGGCCAAGUAUCAUCUGAAAGACGUGAUUGUUGGCAAAAUCUACUUUCUCCUCGUCCGAAUUAAAAUCAAGCAUAUGGAGCUUGCCAUCAUUCGCCGUGAGACGACUGGCGCCGCUCCAAACCCCUACAAUGAAUCUGAGACGAUCACCAAGUUCGAGAUCAUGGAUGGAGCUCCCGUUCGUGGAGAAACAAUCCCCAUCCGUCUCUUCCUUGGGGGCUUUGAGCUCACCCCGACGUUCCGCGACGUGAACAAGAAGUUCUCGGUCCGGUAUUACCUGAACCUCGUUCUGAUAGACGAGGAGAAUCGGCGCUACUUCAAGCAACAAGAGAUCACGGUUUACCGUAUUCCUGAAAACUGAAGUCACGAUGAGCUGGAGUGCUCAUGAGAGACCAAUGAGGGGAGCCCAUCACGCUAGAUUAGGAUUGUACAGUAGUGGUUGUGUAGGUCGUGACUGUGGCGGCGGCAGUCGUCGCUAGACCAGUGAUUUAGAGGAGUAGAUGGGCGGGUUGUCGGUGCUGCACAGAGCAUUUGCGAGUUUUACGUAAUUAUGAGUGAGUGAGGUGUGUGUUAUGUAAAUGGAAGGCUGCAGCGCUGCCAAGUGUCCAGGG